AUGAGCAUUCACGUUCACACAGCGCCGUAUCCACCACCGCCCAAGUCGACAGUGGCUACGGCCGCGGCUGCGAAUUUCAUUGACUCGUCCAUGAGGAAGCGGCCGCAGGCCAUGCAGAAGCCGUAUGCACCGCUGAACUACUACGCCGCAUCGCCACUGCGUGUGGCAGACCAGCAUGUGAAGGACCACCAUGGCAGGAGCCAUCGAGGACCGAAGAAAGAUCACCUCCAACAGUUACCCCAGCCGCAACCUCCUCCGCUGUCUAUGCCGCCACGCCAUAACAAAACGACUCCACUCGCUCAUGUUACCGGCAUCGACCCAGUCGUUGCAAAACGCUUCCAGGACGAGUACGCGCAGCAGAACGACAAUGAGAACAUCGGGGACGACCUGCGGGCACAGCAGGCGACGCGGAUGGGCACGGUUGGCACGCUGGAUGAGGCGCUGUGCCUCUCCCUAAUCGAGACGCACGACGUCACGUUUGUCAUCACGGACACUGGCACAGGCAAGAGCACCCGUAUCCCCAUCGCCCUGCACAGGGCGCACCCGGAUGCGCUCGUCGUGAAUGCGCAGCCGCGGCGCACGGCAGCGAUCAACCUUGCCCAGCGCGUCGCCGAGGUGCUUGAGGCCGAACUUGGUGAGAGUGUAGGCUACUCGGUGCGCGGGGAGCAUAUUGGCGACAUUGGGGAGACAAAGAUCAUGUACGUCACGACCUACUCGCUCUUGAUCUAUUUUUUGUGGCAUGAGUUUAAGGAAAAGUUGCCGCUUUCGUACAUUAUUGUCGACGAGUUUCACGAGCGCACACCGGAUGUGGAGGUCAUUCUGCUGAUGCUGAAGUUGUGGCUGCAAAAGCACCCAGGCGCCUUCAAACUGAUCCUGUGCAGCGCGACGGCGCAGGUGGAGGAGUGGCAGAGCUUCUUCGAUGGCCUGACGGUCGGCACCUACGCCCGCUCCCCUAUCAUGUACCCUGUGCAGGAGUACUUCAUCGAGGAUCUGGAGCGCCUCACCGGUAUCCGCACCGCACCAAUUUUGCCGCAGGAUAGCAGCAACAUGGUGACAUCGGAGCAAAUGUAUCAGCUCAUUCUAGUGUGCAAGCAGCUGCUUGAGUACCUAGCCAAGAACACGGCGACCCAAGACAGCGUGCUGGUGUUCAUGCCGGGUCGUACGCAGGUGGAGCUGAUGACGACGUGGAUUCGAGAGAACCUCGAAGAGUCGCUGGAGCCUAUCGCAUGGUACCGCGACGUCGAAUUAUCCCUGAUCCAGGAGGCUCUUGCGCGACCCGCAGUGACGCGCAAGAAGGUUUACGUCGCCACGGACAUCGCCGAGGUGAGCUUGACUCUGCCGGACGUGGUGUUUGUGAUCGACUCCGGAACGGGCAAGCGGCCGCAGGUCUCGGAGAAGGAGAAGACAAGCUACGCUUUCCCGCCCCUUCGGUUGCUGUGGGAGACGACGUCAAACGCGCAGCAGCGCCGUGGCCGCGUUGGGCGUGUGCAGCAGGGCUUCUACUUUAGUCUUCUCAGCCGCGCUCACCACAAGGCGCUGCGCGAGUCGGAUAAUCGCAUCAAGAACGCUGUUCUUACCGAGGUCGUUCUCCACUCCCUGCUUAUCACGCAAAAGCCGUUCGCCUUCUUUCAGUUAUGCAACGAGAAGCCAGAGCGAGGCGCUCUCGCUUACAGCCUUCACCUGCUACAGGAUGGCGGCCAUAUCAUUCGCAAAGAUGACCCAAUGGCGGACGCGGAGCGGGUGUCGCUCGACCGGCAGCGCACGACGCACGUCAUGGACUCGCCCUGGAAUGUCCUUAUCGAGGAGGCGCUUGCGGCGGCCUCCGGGGCCCUUGCUACUGCUCCGGCGGAAGCGGUGAGGGGUUUCUCGGUGACAAAGGAGACGGCUGCGGGCCCCGACAGGAGUGGCGAGGGUAGCGACAAGGAUUUUGGAGACGAGGAGGACUCUGUCGAGGCCGCGAAUCUAGAGGCCGACGCAGCAGCUUUCCAGCAAUGCUACUUCAUGACCUUGCGCGGCGUUAUCGCGGCCCGCUCGCCGGUGUCUGUCGCGGCUGCGACAAACGUCUUCUUUGGCCUCCUGUACGGCACCCCGACGCUGAGCAUGCUGGCGGCUGCCAUUGAGUCGUCCAAGUCGCCGUUCCACAUACCGUACACCAUCAACGACCGCAUGGAGCGUGUGGCGAUGGUACGUCGCGUGUCGAGUGUUAUGCAGCGGUAUCACGGUUUUCUGCAGAGUGAUUUGAUCUGCUCCAUGGAGGUUAUCCUGGAGUACAUGAGCAUGCAGCGCGACGGGCUGUCUGAGGAGGCACAGGAAGAGUGGUGCCAGGAGCGCAGCCUGAGUCGCACUCGCGUCGUCGACACGCUGAAUUUGUUUUCGCAGAUGAAGGAGCAGGUGAGCUCGGUGCUGCCGUUCCCGGAUGUUACGGACAUUGACGUGCUUAAUGCUCAGUUCAACCAGAAUGCUGAGCUCCUUGUGCUCAUGCUCGUGGCGUCGCACACAGAGCUAGCGAUUCAGGUGCAGCUGGACGGCCCAGUUGCGCAGAGAAAGGGAUUUGUGGGGCACGGUAUGUUCUUCCCGCUCAAGUGUCUCAAGGACGAGUCAGUGCCGACUGUUUGCCCGUGGGAUCGCAACAAGAUCAGCGUCCCGCUUUCUCUACAGACGAUUCAGCGAAAAGUGCUUGCUGUGUUCGCCUCGCAGGUGGAGCCGGACCUGUUCGCGCUGGUACUGCUUGUCUUCUCUUACAAGCUCCACUACUCGAUGCAGUGCAGCGGUGCCACCCCAUCGUUCCUGAUGGCUGUUAGCCACUCUGGUGUGCGCCGCACCUUUCAGUGUGACGCCCUCACCGCGCAGCAGAUUCUGCAGCUGCGCCGCAUCCAGUGCGCCCAGCUGCGGUGCAUGCAGCUGCAGGUAGAAGAGCGUGUGAAGGCGAACGAGAGCGAGAAGCUGAGUGCCGCGCUGAAGAGCGCCAACAGCGACUUUGGAUUACCAGACAGUGCUAUGAAGGCGCCUUACCUCAUUCCUACGGUGUUGCAACAUGGACUGAAGCUGCUCGUAGGCCGCCUGAAGGGCUCACCAUCAUACACUGCGCAGCGACGCGACAUCGUGGAGUUCCUGCCUGGUACGCCGUACUGCAAGCGUGCUAACAGCGCGCAGCUGUCGCCGCCGGUGCUGCAGUCGGUGCUCAUCCACAGCAACAACGGCCUUUCUGUGUGGCAGCCGACAGCAACGGCGGCAGCCGUAGCGGCAUCCUCCUCGACAGUCAUAGAGGCGGUUAGUGCGACGGAGCGGAAUGGCGUGGAGGUUGUGGCACCAGCAGUGUCUUUUCCCGCGGUGGAGAGCGAGUCGGAAAGAGGGGAGGAGGACGAGAGCGAUCACAGCAGUGACUCUGGUGCACAUGUGCCGACCUUCAGCUACGAUGUGUAG